AUGGAAGAUUUCACGCCACUGCUUAACUUACAGGGUCCACGAAAAAUGAGAAAUGAACGGGAACCCCUCCUCGGACAGUCGGUGGUCGACGGGAUGGGCUCAGGCACGGACGAACCUCAGCAUCCGCUGGUCCGGCCCGAUCUUCGCAGUUCGCCAGAAAAUACCAUAGUGGACACGGCCAAUGAUACGGACAGUCUGGUGGCGAAGGAAGAUCAAACCAAUGGCUCACUGGCGGACGGGUACGAUCCGUCGCUGCACCGUACCCUCGAGCAUCCGACCACCAACCUGGAUACCAUGAUCCACCUGCUGAAGGGUAACGUUGGCUCCGGCAUCCUCGCCAUGCCGGACGCAUUCAAAAACGCCGGCCUCUACGUUGGCCUUUUCGGAACGCUGCUGAUGGGUGUGGUCUGCACACACUGCAUGCACAUACUGGUCAAAUGUUCGCACGAACUGUGCCGCCGGCUACAGGUGCCAUCGCUCAGCUUCGACGAAGUGUGCCAUCGGGCGUUCGAAUCCGGCCCAGUCGGAUUGCGGCGCUAUUCGCGGCUGGCCAAGAAUCUGAUCAACACGUUCUUGGUGAUCACGCAGCUCGGUUUCUGCUGCGUGUACUUUGUUUUCGUGGCGGCCAACUUGCGCGAAGUUGUGGCGCACUACUUUUUCGAUCUUAACACACGCAUCUACCUGCUGCUGCUGCUCAUUCCGAUGGUGCUGAUGAACUUGGUGCGAAAUCUGAAGUACAUCACGCCGAUUUCGCUCAUUGCCACCGUUCUCACGAUAGCCGGUCUUACGUGUACUUUCUACUACGUGCUGCAGGACCUUCCGAAUACAAACACCGUGAAACCGACGGCUUCGUGGGCACAGCUGCCGCUCUACUUCGGUACGGCUAUUUACGCGUUCGAAGGCAUCGGAAUGGUGUUGCCGCUGGAGAACAACAUGGUCACACCGCAGGAUUUCGGUGGAUGGACAGGCGUGCUCAAUACCGGAAUGGUCAUCGUUGCCUGCCUCUACACGGGAGUCGGUUUCUUCGGUUACCUGAAGUACGGCGAAGCGGUCAAGGGAAGUAUUACCUUGAAUCUUCCCGGCGAUCAACUCCUUGCCCAGCUGGUUCGCAUUAUGAUGGCGCUGGCAAUCUUCUUCUCGUACCCGCUGCAGUUCUACGUCCCGAUGUCCGUUAUUACGCCGCACAUAAGGCGCCACCUGCACACGGUGCAGUCGCGACAGAUCGGUGAAUAUCUUACGCGCGUUACCCUCGUCCUGUUUACGUUCAUGUUGGCCGCUAUGGUGCCAAACCUCGGUGCGGUCAUUUCGCUUGUCGGUGCCGUCAGCAGCUCAACGCUCGCACUCAUCUUUCCGCCAAUCAUCGAAAUCGUUACCUUCUGGCCGAACGGGCUGGGACGCCACUACUGGAUCCUGUGGAAAGACCUUACGAUAAUGGUGUGCGGCAUACUGGGCUUCGUCUUCGGUACCUACACGAGUAUUGCGCAAAUUGUGAAUCCCAAUUUGAACUGA